AUGUCUCUACCCGUUCUCACACGACCCUUAGCCGACCCGCCGACGGGUGCCCUCCCUCCCAUCCCUAUAAACAAACCACCACGAAAGAGUCUACCACAAACAACGUCGCGCUUGAAAGCCCCUAGGGCUUCGGCGCUAUCCCCUCAACCAGUGUCCUCUACGCCGGAUCUGUCACUAUCAUAUACCAAACCCAGCGAAAGAGCAUCGGGGAUACCCUCAGGCAAGACCGUUCGCAAGACAGUGAGCAUUGGUUCAUUUCCUCAACCACCCAACGCAGCCACCCGCCCGCCUACAUCUGGCUCGACGACCUCUGUGGCAUCGAGCAAGAAAAGGACCUCAGACAGUAACGGGUCCACGAGUCAGGCCCCGUCUAUCAAGCCCAGAAAAUCGUCCAAAGCAAACGCCGCUGCGAGCUUCCGAGCACCACAGACUCCCAGUUUGUUGAACUCGGCUGGCGAUGGCAUGACCGUGUCCGCCAAAGCAGGGUAUAGGAUAUCUGACGCCCAAUCGAGUGUACACUCUCCUCCACAAAGCAGAAGCUCUUCUGCGAAUGGAUCCUACUCGACAAACGCAACCACGAUUGAAGAAGGUGAUGAGGACAGCAGUCGAGGCCGCACCAGUAAUGCGGAGGACAGUACUGCUGGUAUGAAACAAAAUCCCAAAGGAAAGGAAACCAAGGGCAAUGUGAUUGUCAGUGUUCGAGUCCGCCCCGACCCAGGCUCUCAGACUGGUCAUCAGUCUGAUGAAGGGGAAUGGAUGGUCGACGGCCGGCGAGCCCUGGUGGCUUACCGUGGAAGAGAAGGUGGAGACUACCACUAUGACAAUGUCUUCACCACCUACGAUGACAACGCCAAAGUGUACGAUGCUUCGGCCAAACGGUUGGUCCGUCGAGUGAUGGAAGGCUAUCAUGGGACAGUCUUUGCUUAUGGUAUGACUGGGACUGGUAAGACGUUCUCUAUGCAGGGUACCAUGACAAGUCCUGGCGUAAUCCCUCUGGCGAUCACCGACAUUUUCUCAUAUAUCCGGGAGACACCUCAUCGAGAGUUUCUGCUGCGAGUCAGCUACUUGGAAAUCUACAACGAGAAGAUCCACGAUUUGUUGGCCGUGCCCGUGGGCGGGGGAGUAGGCGGCUCGCAGCAGGAAGAAAUCAAGUUGCGUGAAGAUAGCAAGCGCGGUGUCUAUGCUACGCCUUUGAAGGAGGAGAUUGUACAGAGUCCGACCCAACUACUGCGAGUCAUCCACCGAGGAGACACUGCCCGCCGAACUGGUAGUACCCAGUUCAAUGCCAGGAGCUCUCGAAGCCACGCCGUUGUCCAAAUUGUGGUCGAGAGUCGAGAACGGAUCCCGGGAGCUGGAGCCAUGCAUGAAAACGGGAAACGAGUGGCGAUGCUUCCUGGAGGUGUGCGCGUGUCGACGCUCAGUCUUAUUGACCUUGCAGGAUCAGAAAGGGCUGCCGACGACAAGGAGCGUCGGACGGAGGGUGCGCACAUCAAUAAAUCCUUGUUGACCUUGGGCACUGUUAUUGCCAGACUGUCCGGCAACAAGGACAAGAAUGGGAAUCCCACGGACAAAGAUGGAAGGCAUCUGCCCUACCGGGACAGCAAACUUACCCGACUGCUUCAGCCAGCACUUUCUGGCAAUUCGUUGGUAUCCAUCCUCUGUACUAUUCAGAUUGGAGCUGGUCUUACCGUUGCCGGGAACAACAACACAGCAGAGACGCUCAACACGCUGAAAUUUGCGGCGCGAGCGAAGAACAACAUUGUCAGUCACGCCAAAAAGGCUGCAGAAGAGGUGGGCAGUGGUGUCAAUAGCGGUCUCCUAGAGCGGUAUCGGGCGGAAAUUCAGAGUCUUCGGGCCCAGUUAGAGGGUCAGCAAAAGUCGGCCGCGGAGAAAGAAGAGCGCCAGAUAGAGCGAGAGGCCGAACAGAGGCAUGAGGAACAGAUGUUGGAGAUGCAACUGGCGCGAACGGCUCUCAAGGAGCGGAUUGAACAUCUCAACCGGCUGAUCCUGUGCUCCAAAUCUACUGGUGUCAACAGCGGCACUGUAUCAGCUUUGGGAAUGCACUCGCGGCUCUCUGGGGGCACAGAACACGCAGGCCCGCGCUCUGUACGCUCCUCUGCCAGCCAGUCAACUUUAGGGGUAAGCCCUGGACUGCGCCGAUAUCCAUCUGGCGCCUCUCUGGGAGGAGCCCGGUCGAAUUCGGGCCAUCUAUCAUUUUCAGCAAUACCGGACGAAGAUGAAGAGGCUGGCGACGACUAUGGAGAUGGCAGAGCUACACUCCAAGCUCAGGUGCGGGCCUUACAAGCCGAUCUCCAAGAUAAGACACGUUAUAUCUCAACGCUCGAGAAGAGGCUGUUGCAGGCUCGUCGAUCUAGUCACUCGCGCGUCUCGAUGGGCUUCAACAAAAACUGCGGGGACGACACUGAGAUGUUGAAGAAGUUGGAGGAAAAGGACGCUAUCAUCUCGGACUUGCAAAGAACAGUGGCCGCGCUACGAUCGGCUGUGCGGAAACGGGAUAUUGCAGAAUUGACGCCGGAGAUGUCAUCAUCAGAGUACAAACAGAAUCGUGCCCAGGAGGGCCACCAGAGUAGCGACAGCAACAGCAGCUCUCACACAGAAAACAGUUCAAACCAGCAGUCAUCCGGUCCACCUCGCUCGCCCUUACUGGCCACAAGUCCGCUGGCACUAUUAUCCCCGCAGAAGGCCAUGAGCAAGCAGCGCAAGUCGGUUGAUGAGAUGUCCAGGAUGCUGGACGAAAUGAUCCAAGACAAGGUAGAAAGCGGACACCUGGUCAAAGGGCGUUCACCGUCCAUGCGCUUACCAACACGGACCUCAUCUUUGCAACGACGUUCUCGAAGGACAUCCAGCGCGACAGGCAUCAGCGCUCCGGCGAUGGGCAGCUUGGUAGCCUCACUGCGUCAACGGGACUCGGUGAUAGAAUCGCAGAGUCCCCUAUGA